AUGGCACAUCUUAAACCAGAAAAUAUUCUUCUUGAUGCUCAGGGUCAUGUUAAAUUAACUGAUUUUGGUCUAUGUAAAGAAUCGAUCUACGAAGGUGGACAAACCAAUACAUUUUGUGGUACAAUUGAAUAUAUGGCACCAGAAAUUUUAACUCGUAGUGGUCAUGGCAAAGCUGUAGAUUGGUGGUCAUUCGGUGCAUUGAUGUACGAUAUGUUAACGGGUGCUCCGCCAUUUACAUCCGAUGAUCGUAAACGAACUAUGGACAAAAUCAUAAAAGCCAAGUUGAUUUUACCAGCAUAUUUAAAUAUUGAAGCAAGAGAACUAAUUCGAAAUUUACUUCGUCGACAAGUCAGUCAUCGACUUGGAAGUGGAUUGGAAGAUGCUCUAGCAAUUAAGAAUCAUCCAUUUUUUCGUCAUUUAAAUUGGGAUGAUGUUUAUGCAAAACGAUAUGAACCACCACAUAGACCAAUUUUGAAAGGUGAUGAUGAUGUUAGUCAAUUUGAUACAAAAUUUACUAAACAAACACCUGUUGAUUCGCCGGAUGAUAAUAUUUUAAGUGAAAGUGCAAAUCAAGUUUUUCUUGGUUUUACAUAUGUUGCUCCAUCAAUAAUAGCAGAUAUGAUUCGACCAAAUUUUAAUAAUAAUGGAUGUCGAUCUCCAAAAAAAAUGGUUUCAUCAGAAUUAACUUCUCAUACAUUGAAUCAUAAAAUGUAUGAUUCUAAUGAUUAUCGACCUUGUGCAACAACUGAAGCAAUGGAUAUAAGUGAUAUUCCAUCAAACUCAUCAAAAAAUGUUAAAUCAUCGACACUUAGUAGACAACAAUUGAACAAACCAAAAAGUCCAGGAAAUAUUUUUAAGAAACUUUUUCAACGUCAUCGUUGUACUAGCCGUUGA